CUUUUCUUACCCGUCUGAACCCACAUGAAGGCGCACACUCUAGCACUGCAGCUGUCUGUGAAGGUUCAGAGCUCAGACUGGGACUGACCCUGUGAUUAUCUUUUUCUGCUGGAGUAGAAAGUAUACUUCUACAGGAUAAAUACUGGAAAGCACGGGUAGUUUUCUGAGACUAUGCAGGAUUAUGACGAAGCCACUGCAUUCCUGGGCCACUGGGGACCUUUCCAGCGAAGUGUCUUCUUUCUCCUCAGUGCCAGCAUCCUACCAAAUGGAUUUGGGGCUUUUUCUCUCGUCUUCCUGACUGACGUGCCCAGUCAUCAUUGCCUGGUUCCUGAGGUUAACUUGACCCAAGAAUGGAAUGAAGCGAUCAUCCCGAUAAAGGUGGUGAAUGGGAAACAGGAGCUGAGCCGUUGCAGCAGAUACCGGCUGGAUGUGGUCAGAAAUCUCUCUGCUCAGGGAUAUAUUCCUGGCAGAGAUGUCAACCUCACUGACCUGGAGCAGGAGGGCUGUGUGGACGGAUGGAGCUACAGCAAAGACAUCUACUGGUCUACCAUGGUGUCUGAAUUUGACUUGGUGUGUGACGAGCAGUGGAAGCAGCCAUUCACGUCCACAAUUUACUUCCUGGGAGUUUUAGCUGGAUCCUUCAUUUCAGGACAGGUGUCAGACAGAUUUGGAAGAAAGCCUGUUCUCUUUGCAACCCUGGCAAUUCAAACAAUUUUCAGUUUUGUUGGAGUCUUCGCACCAUCUUGGACGGUGCUCUCCAUCAUCCUUUUCAUCAGUGGUUUGGGGCAAAUCUCCAACUAUGUGUCUGCUUUUGUACUAGGCACUGAAAUCUUGGCUGGAAAUGUGCGUGUCCUGUUCUCAUCUUUGGGUGUAUGUAUGGGUUUUGCCUUGGGCUACAUGAUGUUGCCUCUCAUUGCUUACUUUUUAAGGGACUGGAAAUACCUCCUGGUGGCUUUGUCUGUCCCUGGCAUAAUAUACCUGCCUACCUGGUGGUUCAUCCCAGAGUCUCCUCGAUGGCUGCUCACUCAGGGAAGAUCGGAAGAAGCUAAAGCCAUAUUGAGGCGUGCUGCUAAGAAGAACAAAGUUGAGGUUCCACAGAACCUCUUUGAAGAUUACAAUUAUGCUGGACCAGAAACAGAGACCAAGACUGACAACACACAAACUAAGGAGCGUUACAAUGUCUUCUACCUGCUGCGCAGCACCAACAUCAGAAACACAACUGUUACUCUGUGCCUGGUGUGGUUCACUGUGAGUAUUGGCUACUUUGGCCUGUCCCUCAACACGUCCCGACUUCAUGCUAACCCAUUUUUAAGCUGUUUCAUCGCAGCAGCUAUAGAGGUGCCGUCCUACAUCUCUAGCUGGCUGGCUCUGCGAUAUCUUCCACGCCAAGUUUCCGUCAUUUUCGUUUUGCUCCUUGGAGGAGUGUCACUGUAUCUCGUACAAGUGGUGCCUCAAGGUUUAUCAUCUCUGGCUAUUGCUCUGGAGAUGCUGGGUAAAUAUGGUCUUACGGCUUGUACAGCCCUGAUGUUUGUCUACACAGCAGAGCUUUACCCCACAGCGCUCAGAAACACCGCAACUGGAGUAUGUGCUACUCUGUCAAGAGUGGGAAGCUGUAUUGCACCUUUUGUGUUCGAGCUGAGUGUGUACCUUCAGUACCUGCCCUAUAUUCUACUGGGGACUCUGGCCGUUGUGUCUGCCUUUGCCACUUUCUUCCUACCAGAGAGUUUUGGACGACCUCUGCCUCAAACAAUUGAACAGAUGCAUAAGAGAGAAAGGAUGAAGUGCCCAUUCAUCACUAGAAAAGAACUUUCAAAAUCUGUGGUACUUCAUGAAAGUCAAUUCUGAUUGUUUGCAGUAUUAGAAGAAUCAAAACUUCAAUUAUUUCUAAUUGAAACAUAUGAUUUUGGGAGAAAUUAAGUUGUCUUCUUCAUUAAGACAGCGACACUGGCACAUGUAAAACAUUACAAGAAGUGUUUAUUAGAAGACCGUUUUCUACAUUUCACGUCACUCUAUGUGCGUUAUUUUGAAUCACAAAGAUGUAUAUAAAAUAUUCACUUGGAACUGUACUGUAAAAAAAAUACAUAUUAAAUCUGAAGUAAAAGAUGGCAGUGUACCAUAAAACUCUAAGCAAAACUAGUCUACUGGUUUUGAUUUACCAGGUAUAAUAUUAAAAACUUUCUAUGAUGUAUUGGUA